AAGCCACGCGUAUGUCGUUCACUUGAGGCUAAUUACUUGCAGACUACUUACAAUUUACAACAAAUUACAACAACCUACACACGAUGUUUGCUUUUGUAAAGCUGAAAGGCCUUCCUGGAAAUUUAGCAUAGUGUUGACUAUCCCCUGACGUUUAUCUUCAAUCGAGGACCAGCCACCACCACUACCAUGCUGGUGCUGUCAUUCUGAGAGCAACCCAUCUUGUCAGGGAUGGACUACUACCCAGCAGAGGUGGCCACUCCGCCUUUGGCUCUGGUCGCCCUCUUGGGAUGUCCUGGGCUCCAUGGAAUCGUUGGAGAAUUUUUGCGGGCGGCCCAUAAACCGCCCAUAAACUCCCUUGGCAUCGGGGACCCUGCUAUGGCUGGACGCAUCUUCGAAGAAAAGAAGGCUUCGAUGACCGCCCAUAGCGGCCCGUUGAAUAUCCUAAAGGCGGACUGGUUCGCCAAGCACAGGCAGCAGAGGCCUGCAGUCGCCGCUGUCUUCUUUGAGCGGGAGGCCGUAACGGGGGAUCCGGCGCAGUGGGCGCGCGUGCUGGCGGGGCUGGAGGCGGUGCGGCAGGCCACGCGGCCGCGAGGCGCACGAGUCGUGUUAGUCAUCGUGCAUCCGCCCAGUGGUCCGCCCAUCGACCUGCCUGAAGACCGCCUUGCUGGCCUCACACGGCAGGCCGGCCUGGACAGGCGGUGGGUGGUGAACAUGGGGACCGGGGAGGGGGAGGUCGGGCUGCGGCGUCUGGGGCGUUCCCUGUACGAGGCGGCCGGCGCAUUCUACGCCGACGACGCGCGCCGGCGGCUGGCCGUCCACGCCGAGCGCCGCAACCCAUCACCCGCCAUCUCCGCGCGCACCGCGUUCAAGGCAUGCACUCUUUUUAUUUUGCUCCUCUGCUUUCUUUAUCCUUCACCUCUGGGCUCGGGAUGUGCGGCUGCACUGGCUGAGUUUCGCGCGGAUUGGGCGACAGCCGUGCGCACGUACCAGGCGGCCUACGCUGAGCUGCUGCGCGUUGACCAGGCCGGCCCGCUGCCGCUGCAGCGCUGGGCUGAGUUGGCAGCCGUCGCCGAACUGGUGCACCUCAAGGUGGUGACGCUGCUGCUGCACCAGCAGUGCGUGGCCGAGGCGCUGGCGCAGUUCCGGGCGCACAUCGGCGCGUUCCGGCAGCCGCCGCUGCCGCCGCCGCCGGCCGCCGCGGCCGCGCACGCCGCGUGGCUGGUGCGCCAGUACACAGUCAUGGCCCAGCUCCUCUCCCAACGCGUCGACGCCGGGCUGCUGCCGCCGCAGCGGGAGGCGCAGCCGGCCCACUUCUUCCUGGGGGCGGCGCACGCGGCGGUGGAGAGGCGGAGAGCUGCGCAGCGCGCGAGGGAACUCCGCCCGACAGGUGCCGCGGCGGCCGCGCCGGCCGUCGUGCCGGGGGCGUACGUUGGGCAGUUUCUGGCGGCGGACGGGCUGCGUCGCCUGUCUGAGGAGGAGUUCCUCCACUUCCUCGAGGUGUCAAAGCUUGGUGCGGGCGCUGAGCUGGCGUCCGCAGCGCUCGAGAAGUUGAAAGCGGCGCACGAGUUAGUAAUGGCGUCCGGCGGCAACCGGCAGACGCGGCUGGCGUACCACCUGGGAGCGCUGAUGGCGCGCGAGCAGCUCGUUGCUCAGGACCCGGCAGCUGCGCGGCGGCUUCUGCUCUCUGUAGCAGGCAUUUAUAGGCGGGAGGGCUGGGAGGUUCCGUUGGGGGCCGCUCUACUAGAGCUGCGCGAGUGUGCUGCCAGGCUCAAACUGCACGAGGAGCAUGUGAGGUAUUCGCUGGAGCUCUCCGCCCUGAGGCGUUCCUUGGAUCUGCCCCAGCGAGAGGCCAUCGCUAGGACUGCAGUGGCCACCCUCUGCAGUGCAGAACCCCCGCCGCCCUCUCCACCUGUCUCCCCUAUCGCCAAGCCAGGCAGCACGGAGGUGGCAAAGGAGAAGUCCGUAACGGGCGCAGCGCUGGAAAUCCGUGUCCGGCCCGUCAGCUACGGGAUGCUGUCCGUGCUGGCGCUGUCGUGCGGUUUCCAGACCCUUGCAGCCCCCGAUGACGUCAGUGACGAGUCAUCGAGCGACCGGCGGCCGUCAGCGUGCUUCGGCGUUGCCAUCUGGAGCAACGUCCCGGUGGAUCUACCCGCUUCCUCCGUAACGAGCAGGGAGGCAGAAGCUUCAGGGUACCCUGCGCGGCCUGCGCCGGCAGAGGGCGCGCCCCCGGACGCAGGCCGUGCCAAGGGGAACGAAUCAGGGGAACAGAAUCAAGCGGUCCUGAUCAGGCCCGGGCAGUGGACGCGCGUCUGGGCAGCCUGGGUGCCCGCAGCGGGCAGCCUGGCAAGAGUUACCGAAGUGAUUGUGAACUUCGGCGCACACGCCGCCCUCGUGUGGAGCCUCGGCAAUUUCCCCCCGGGUACCGUGCCCAUCGGGCAGGCUGCUGAUGAUGCGCGGCCGCCGUUUGCAAACGGCGCCGUGUUGGCCGGCAGCUACGAGCUCGAUGUUCCCUCCUCGCAUGCGGCGCCCGUCCUCGAAGUGGGGGCUCUGGAGGUGGCGGCUGCGGGCGAGGAGGCCUCAGCAGACAUAACAGUGUCCGUGAAGGGCGCACUUUUCCGGGCAAUCCUCAGCCUCAGUGCUGCCUACCCUGACGCUGCCGGCACGGCGCCUGAGCUCUUCCUCACCCCCUCCAGCAUCUCUGCCGGCGAGGCCGAGCCAAUGAGCAAUGCGCUGACAGUGAGCCUGGAUGACUGUACAUCCGGUCAGCUGCAGAGGCGCGUCCAGAUCAGGCUGCCACGCAGCGGGCGAGUCGUGCUCAGCGUGCGCCUGAACUACCAGACAGCAGCGGAGGGUGGUGAGGCGUGCCAGGUCAGCCUGCAGGCAGGCAUCGCCGUGAUAGACCCUUUCCAGCUGCGGCUUGCGUGCUCCGCGCCUGCCCGCUCCUGCGCCCUCAUCCUCGCAGACCCCGAGGCAGAAGAGCAGGAGGGGGCGCCGGUGCCCAACGUGCUGCCCAUUGGGCAGCCCUGCAUUGCCCAGGCUUCGCUGGCAUCCCUGAUGCCCUGUGACAUCAUGCUGUGUGAUGUCAGCGUGGAAGCGCCAGCCAAUGAAGACCAGGAAUCUCCUGGUGUGUCUGUGGUGGGCUUUGUGUCAACGGCGACAGCAGAGGACCCGGUGCUGUUCAGGAAAGGCGAUGUGCACACGGUGGUUGCGCAGAUUCUGAGUCAGCGCGCCGGCCGCAGCGUUCGCUCCGGCCACCUGAAGGUGACGUGGCAGCGCAGCAGGCCACCGGACGUGAGGACUGUACGCAGCAGUGAGCUUCCCCCGGGCCACCCCGAUCCAGAAACAACGGUGGCGGGGGUCCCCCCGGCGGUGGUGACGCGGGUCCCCCUGCCAGCGCAGGACUGGGGGGCCCCGGCGCUGGAGGCGGCCGCCGAGUGGCCGCAGGCCGCGACGGCCGGGGCAGCUUUUGAGCUGCGCAUAAACCUGCACAACCGGACUCACCAUCUCGUCGAGCUUGGAGUUCGCCUGGGGGACACCUCAGGCUUUGUACUGGAAGGCACGCGGGUGGGCAGCAUAAGCAUGCUGCCAUACCAGGAGGGAACGCUGCGCUACCAGCUCAUCGCGACGGCUGCGGGCAGCCUUCCGCUGCCCGAGGUGCACCUAACCGCUGCCCGCUGGGCAGCCGCUCUGCAGCCGCUCGCCGGCCGCCGCGUCUUCGCGCACCCCCCGGCGCCAUCGGAUCCCCUCCCCGCUGCCGGGGGGAUUGCUGCCGCUGCAAACCUAGCUGCAGGGUUUGCGCAGCUGAGCACCUAA